GCCUAUAUCAGGCGACGUAUGCUCGCGCGCACCACUCCGCAACCUCACAGGUGAGAUAUGGACACUUGUACCUCAACUCGAGGGUACAGAAGGCCAUACAAGCCGCGAUACUAGCUCACGCCCGCCACUCGCGCUGCUGCACUGCUCCGACCGUUGCUACUGUUACUGACUAGUUUAUCAGUGAGACAGCUAUCGUUGUAGGCCUUUUGUAUCUGCUCACUUAGUGCUAACUAUUAAAAAAACCCUUCACUCGUGGAUUGUGCUGAAAAAGUGGUAAAAGUGUGUGUUGUACUGAUUAGCGGGUUCCGCGACGCAUGCGCAUAGAUACGCAUCUCGUCCGCAUUUACGUAACUAAUUUAGGAAGAGAUUUGUGAUUCUAGAACCUUCCUAAGUAUAGCUUGAGUCAUAAAACAUGUAGAAUUUUUUAAUCAAUAUGUAUAGAGCGAAAGCUCAAAGCUCAGUAAGCUUUAACUAAAAAGUAAAAAUAAUUUUUUUCAAACAGAUAAAAUAAACCUAGUAUUAUUCGAAGCACUGAAGCUUUCCAUGUAAUAGCAUCAUUGUGUAUGUUCCACAGUUUGUUUCGUGUCGCCCGCGAAGUUCUCUCCUCGUUGACAAUGAAGUCCGUAGUGCUGUGCGUGCUGGUGGUGGUGGCUGCAGUGGCUGCUGCUCCUCAGAGGGAAGGAGCUGCCUACACCCGGGAGGCCAUCAAGCAGGCACAGAACACACACCUCAUCCCCAAGGACGCGGAGAUACAAAAGGUCCAAGAAGGUAUCGAGCUGGCAGCAUACGAGUCCAUCCCCGUGAACCAGAGGAUCAACUUGUUCGAGAUCCUGGGUGACCAGGUCCCUUCAGAGGUCAUCAACAACCUGCAGGGACAGAUCGACCAGAUCGGUCACCGCCAGUAAUCUAUUAAUACUUAAGAAGCAGUGCUUCACGGCGACCAGUAGCGGCUGAAACGUACAUACAUGAAGAUGGAAAUGAUGGAGCGCGUUGCCCGGAGUUGCAGUUCCGAUGGAUAUUGCUUCGUACAAGGUCGCCUACAAGUUGGCGAUCAUGGACAAUACCGUUGUGGCCAGCUCAAGGCCACCCCCAGUGUUGCAACCGCUACUGGCCCCCGGUGAAGACACCGUCGAGUUAUAUUUAAUUUAUUGGUGACGCAAGUCGAGUACGAGACAGUGAAUGUGAUAUUGUGCAACAUCACCGUUUUAUACGUUUGUACAUAAAUAAUGUUAAAAAAUAAAUUGGUCGAACGAUGUCCAACC